UUUUUCAGUUUUUAAAAUUAAUUUUCAGUAUGACGACAACUAGAAAACGAAAAGAAAAUGGAAUCGAGAAGAAAAAAGAAGUUGUGAAGAGCAAUGUAUCGCCAGAAGCUCAGAAAAAGGUUGAUGAGUUUUAUAAUAAUCAAAAGGAGUUGCUUCAAAAAUUCGAUGAAGACCAGAAGACUAUUGGAAAACCAUUGCAGAAAACUGCGGAGGAGGAUGAAAGAUAUGAGGACCGAGUUUUGGCUCAAGCUACUUUUGCUCUAAACAUUGGAAGUUUGAUUGGUAAUUUAGCGGCAUCGAUUAUUUCUGGAUCAUUGUCAAUCAUGAGUACAUUUGUGGACUCUUCAAUGGAUAUUGCCUGCAGCUUUGUCAUGAAUAUUUGUCUGAGUGAAAUCAACAAAACUGACGCUCAAAAAUAUCCACGUGGAAGAGAUCGACUAGAACUGAUAGGAGUUAUCCUAUGUUCCGUGAUAAUGGCAUUUGCCAAUGUGUCAAUGAUCAUGCAAUCAAUAAAUUCAAUUGUAAAUGACACAGUUGAUCCAAAAAUGACCAAUUCUACGAUUGCAAUAAUUGUGAUACAAACUGUUUUGAAAGGAAUUAUAAUGUGGUUUUGUUAUAAAAGAGGAUCAACUUCAAGUUUAGUUAUUGCAAUGGAUUUGAGAAAUGAUUUAAUGACAAGAAGUCUUGCAUUGGUAUGUGGUUACCUUGGAGAUUAUGUAUGGAAAUUUGCUGAUCCAAUUGGAGCUAUUUGUGUAUGUACUUGGAUUGCAUAUUCUUGGUGUCGUCAUGCAAUUGAUAAUAUUCCACAAUUGGUUGGUAUUACAGCUGAAAGGGAUCAAUUGGCCAGAAUUUUAAAUAUUACAUUGAAACAUGACAAGAGAAUUAAGUACAUCGAUCAUUCAAUGAUAUAUUACACAGGUCUUAAUGCACAAGUUGAACUUCAUAUUGUACUCGAUGAGAAGUUACCACUGAGGAUAACUCAUGAUAUAUCACACGAUUUGGAGAAAAAUAUACAAAAAUUAGACUUUGUGGAACGUUGUUUCGUCCAUGUUGAUUAUAAUUGCGACGGAGAUUAAAAUUCAUUCAAGUUUAAAACAAAUGUUCAAGCUUCGCAUAACUGACCAGUUUUUUACUGAAGAAGGCUAAUAAAAUAUUCAGAUUUAUU